CAGUGGAGAAUGCACUAUAGACGACGACGGAAUCGAGCUUCCUCAGGCGAAAAGACAAAGAAUAGAUGUCACGGACGAGAAAAGUUCUAUUCCAGAUGUGAUUGCCCAAGAACAACCUAUGGACGUUGAGGCGCAGCUUGAACCUGUCACUGUGACGGAGGCUGCCGCAGCUGAGGAGGCAGAAGUAUCUGGUACAGCUGUGGUGGAGGCUUUGCUUCCUCCGAGUCGCGCUUUACUCGGUCCACCACCUGCAUCUCACACUCAGGGAUCGUUUUCCGGGCACACGCUUGAAUACGAUGUUGGCAUUUCUGAAUAUAUAUCAAAAGACCUACCUCCUAUUCAUGCCAUCAUAAAACAGCGAUUCACUGACUUUCUCGUUCAUGAAGUCAAUUUGGAUGGAGAAGUAAUCCAUAUUCAGUCGUUGGAGAUGCCUAGCUCCGAAACGAAGAAACAGGUUGAAGCUCCUUCUGAAAAGGACGGAGUGCCUAUUCAAUCUGCGGACACUCAAGAAGGGUCAACUUCGACUUCAGCGCCUGUUCAACCAGAGGACGAUGCUGGUGCUGGCGACUGGGUCCUAGUAGAACCAAAAUUGCAAGAACAAUCCGAAGCGACUUCAACUCCUCAAGAAGAGGAACUUGAACCUUGGCCCGAGUUGUUCACAACUCGCCUGUCUCCAUAUCUCUCGGAGUCUCUCAUCGCACAACUAAAGCAAAUGUAUCUGGAAGGACCAGAGCCGCCUUUUAAAAGUGAUAGCGGAUGGGCUGGUCGCCAGUCCAAGACUACGGAAAAUACUGACGCUGGUCCAGCCCAAGAGAAUUCCGAAAGAAAGGUGGAAGGUGAGGCAGCACCUUCAAAGAACGAACGAGGGAAAAGAGGAAAAAGAGGAAAAGAACGUGGUGGACAAGGGAGAGGCGGACGUAAAGCUAACAAGCCCGAAGACCCUCGCAAGGUCGUCUCUGACCCUAUGGAAUCAAAAUCCGCUCGAACUGCUCUUCAUUCUGUAAUCCGUGAUCUGUUCGGAGGAAAGCUUGAAAGCUCGACAGACACGAGCAAACAGGACGAAGAUGGACGUGUUGUCAUAACCUGGGCGAGAAGUGGCCAAGGACGCGACGCAAAGCGAGGUGGUCGUGAUCAUGGUCAGAAGCCCACUCGUGGCAACUACCCACCCUACAUCCACUUUACUCUUCAAAAAACGAAUAGAGAUAAUCAAGAUGCUCUUAAUCACCUAUCACGGCUUUUACACUGCAGCAUCAAAGACCUCUCCGUUGCAGGUACAAAAGACAAGCGUGGGGUUACGGUUCAGCGAGUUGCAUUGCGUCGUGGUAACAAAACUGUUGAAGAUGUGUGGAAGAUGGCGAAUGGCUAUCCUGGCCGUAGGUCGUUAGAGAAAGCCGUUUCGCAACGAGGUGAACGUGGUGUUCGUGUUGCGGACUUCAAAUAUGGUAGGGCGGGCUUGGACUUAGGGAUGCUGAAGGGCAAUACUUUCAUCAUUACAUUGAGAAAUGUACGAGUCGAACCUCUCGAUACCUUGGAUAAAGCUAUGGAGUCUCUCAAGCACAAAGGCUUCAUCAACUACUACGGUAUGCAGCGGUUCGGUACAGCAUCUAUACCAACACAUUCCAUCGGGCUUGCAUUUCUCCAAUGCGACUGGAAAAGAGCGGCGGACUUGAUCCUUCGACAUAGGCCUGGUGAACAUCCCGAUGUCGUCGCUGCCCGAGAUGCUUGGUUAAUCGAGAAGAAUCUUGAUAAAGCGCUCAGCCUCUUUCCACGUCGUGUAGUGGCGGAACGCUGCAUUCUUGAGAGCUUUAAGAAGAUGAAGGGUGAUACGAGAAAUGUCAUGGGUGCAUUGUCGACGAUUCCUCGGAACCUCCGACUAAUGUAUGUGCAUGCAUAUCAAUCCUACGUUUGGAACGCUAUUGUAUCAGAACGUAUAAGAAUGCACGGCGCAGAGAAACCUGUAGUCGGUGACUUGGUUUAUGAACAAGAGGGUGGUAGAUUGAAGCUGGAUGAUAGCACCGAGGAUGCGGAAGAGCUUGAUUUAGAUGAAGAAGGUGCCCCAAACCAAUCAUCCCGGAAACAAAAACGGCCUUGGGUGCAACCUCAAGUGAAGACUCUAUCCGAAGAAGACGUCGACAAAUACACAAUAUUCGAUGUUAUAAUGCCUCUGCCAGGCAAGGACGUUGCAUACCCUGGAGGCGCAUUAGGUGAACGGUACCGGGAGUUCUUAAAAAUGGAUGGGCUCGAUCCGGAUAACUUUAGCAGCAAGCACAAGGACUACAACUUGACUGGAGCAUACCGGAAAAUCAUCUUGAAGCCGAAGGACCUGUCGUGGACAGUUUUGAGGUACACGGAUCCAGACGUGCCCCUUGCGCAAUCUGAUGAGGACAAGCUGCUCGGUAUGGAGCCGCCCGUAGUAGACGAGAAUGGGAAGUUCGUGGCAUUGCAAGUGAACUUACAGUUGAGCACGGCAGCUUACGCGACGAUGGCUUUGCGCGAGAUAACGAAGGCGGAGACGAGCUCGCAUUAUCAAACAAGCUUGACUCGGGAGUCAGAGGAUCAGGCAUUCAGGGGAAGAAAGGGCGCAGAAGAGAUGGAGACAUAG